GGCGUGAGGGCGCGGGGAUGGCGUCCCGAAAUGUUGGUUAUUAUCGCGCGUGACGUGGGCUAGUGCAGCUGCAUCCAGAGGGAGCCCAUGUCUCAGAGGCUCAAGUACUACGCGCCCUUGCUUGCCAUCACAAUGGUUUUCGCUCUAUACUCUCUCGUCUUCAUGGGCAUUAUUUUAACUAAACCUGCGCCAUGCACUUCGGAGCUCCCCUGCGCCGACGGCAAGACUUGUCCGGCGCCGUGGCAGUGCUGCGACACAGGAUGCUGCGCCCCGGGCAGCGUGCCCCCGCGUCGGGAGCCCGAGCAUAAGGAGUACCCGUGGUAUGCCCAAUGGCCAGUCCUCUUCCUCCUCGGCACGCUGGGCGGCAUCGUGAUCUGCUGCGUCUACUGCCUCCUCUGCAAACGUCAGACCCCCAACAGCGUGUACAUGUGCUCCUUUGCCUGCUGCGUGCGCCGCCCCAACUCCAACCACGACUCCGCCGGCUCCAUCUACCCCCCACCAAGAUACUCCCGCUGCGGCUCCCUGCACCAGGCACCACCACCGUAUUCUGAAGUCACGUCCAAGCCAGAUCUAUAUCCACUCGUUCUUACCUGCGGGGAAGGUGAUGGAAAAGCGGGCAACUAUCUCAUGGUCCAAUACUUUCGAAAUUAUCUAAUUCGCGCGCCUGGUUCUCUCUCAGCGACGAGUACUGCCGAAUCUCUCAACUCCAGUUUCCUAUGUAAUGCGGCAAAUGAGGCAAAUACCAUCAUCCCGCCUCCGUACUCCUGCGCCAGCAACUAUGAAGAAUGCCGCGGCGGGGGCUGCGGCCGCUCACUGCUACGUUCGCUGUCCUCGCUGACGGAGUCCCGGGCUCCGCCCCCGCCCCGCGCCCGCACCACCCCCGACGUCUCCCCCGCGCCCCACCACCAUCGGACCAGGGAAGCGACCGCCGCCUUCAGGGAAAACUUGAUCACAUCACCGGUGCAACCUUUGGAUCCAUCGUUUGACAUAGACUUGGAUCUCAUUGAUUGCGAACUGUACUGCAAUGGUAGUUGCAAGCCGCAACUUGGGACUUCACCACCUUCGUUGUCGCGUCGCUCUCCCUCCAACCCCGACGAGGACUCUUCUGGAGGAGACUUCCUGCCUGGCUACGGCCACGAAGCAUACGGGCUGCGGAAUUUGUUCUCGUGCCCCUCACCAGAGGGCGCUGGUGUGGAAUCACCGCCACAACCGACCAGCCCCACACAAACCUCCAGGGAGUCGACUCUAAGGAGGCUGAACGACGACAGAAGACAUCGGCGACUAGAUUCCGCCAAAAAAUCAUCCAGAACAAGAAAGUCGAGCUUAUACAUGCCACUGUCAGUAGCAUAUCCUGGAAGAACGUCUCGAAAGUCCCCCGGGACGCGGACGUCGUCCCGGUCAGCGCCGGUCACUCCCUGCAACCCCCUAGUCCCAAACCUCCUCACCUUCGCUCCGAGAGUGUUGGCGUCUCGGCACAGCUCCAGGUCUUCAAGAUGCGAAGAAGAAAGCAAUCCAUUGUUGGCGGAAAUUGAACAAAUUAGACUUGAUCACAAGUUCUAACAUUAGAUAAGGCUAUCGAUGGUUUUGCCAAUUUUUAUUCUACAAUUCUGAUGUUCACACCGUUAUUGAAUAAUGUAAUAGUAUAGAUGAAUGUUUUGGUGUCAUUACAUAUUACUUCUGCCGGCCUACACAAUGAUGAACUCCAGCCGUCUUUAGCCUUCGAAUGUUCCAUCUUUCUCAAUGUUGUGACUGUUUGAAAAGUGCUCAUUAUAACGUAGAGCGAACUUUGAUCGAAGUAGUUAGAUUAAAUGUUAAUAAAAUAUUGAACUGCAUUUAAA